GCUACUUUAUGUAAACCAGGUCAUAUGUUUGACUACCCUAGCAAUGGGAACACUAAUAUUAGAGACACCCGUUUGGAAUCUUCAAAGUGGAAAAAAAAGGUUUAAGAUCAGUUGAGAAUGUGUUUCUAUAUUCUUAGGCCUGUUGAGAUGCAUAUGUUCCUAUAUUCUGUGCGUAAAGUUUUUAAUUAAUAUCCCAUGGAUUAUUUUCCUAAACUUAAUAACACACAUGGUCUUACAAUAGUACGUAAGACAUUGGCAGAAAUAGAUGCACAAGGGGAGCUUCAACCAGAUGGAACACUUCUUAUAGGUGGCGAAGCAGUUGCAGUCAUUUAUUUCAGAACUGGAUAUGCACCAAUUGAUUAUCCUUCAGAAUCAGAAUGGAGAGCUAGGCUACUUAUGGAGCAGUCCUGUGCAAUCAAGUGCCCAUCAAUUUCUUAUCAAUUAGUUGGUACCAAGAAGAUUCAACAAGAGCUUGCAAAACCCAAUGUACUUGAAAGGUUCCUUGAAAACAAAGAUGACAUUGCCAAGCUACGAAAAUGCUUUGCAGGGUUGUGGAGUCUGGAUGAUUCAAACAUUGUCAAGAACGCAAUAGAAAAACCUGAGUUAUAUGUUAUGAAACCACAAAGAGAAGGCGGAGGGAACAAUAUCUAUGGAGAUGAUGCAAGGGAAACCCUCCUAAGAUUGCAGAAGGAAGGGACUGAAGCAAAUGCUGCUUACAUCCUCAUGCAAAGAAUUUUUCCAAACAUAUUUCCCGCUAUUCUGAUGAGGAAUGGCAUCUGUCAUAAAGAUCAUGCCAUAUCAGAACUUGGUAUUUAUGGUGCUUAUCUAAGGAACAAAGAUAAAGUUAUAAUGAACGAUCACUCUGGUUACUUGAUGCGUACAAAGGUCUCUUCCGCGAAUGAGGGAGGCGUUGUAGCUGGAUAUGCAGUUUUGGACAGUAUAUAUUUGGUUUGAGGGAAGUGUUUCUUCAAUCUGGACAGUUUGGGUUCCAAUUGUGUCUAAUACCAUUCAGCCAGAUCUCACAUUUUUUGAGCUGAAAUGGAGACAUAUAUGUUGUAGUUUUUCUUUCUUUCUUUUCUUUUUCUCUGUUCCUGUUUUUUUUUAUGUUACACUGGGUACCCUGCUAAAAUGAACAUUUUUUUGUGGUUUUUACAAAUUGAAGCUUGCCGAAAAGCACAAACAAUGAACAAAUUGAAGCUUACCAAAAAUUUUUACAUUUCACCUUCUUGUUCAUAGGUAAAAUGUGGAAGUCCAAGUACAGUUCUUGUAAUGUCUAUUUUGCUUUUGAAAAAUGUGAAUCUUUCGAGAAUUUAAUGGCAAAGUCUGAACUAAUGUAUGUUUUUUCAUAAAAUUCCCUUGGUUACAAUGAAAUAAAAGCCAAAAUUGGAGUCGUGACAGAGAUAGCCAAAUAAAAUCAAGAAGAGCCCAGUGGAUCCAUCUGUCCAAUGCAACUGUAAUGAACAAAUGAGUGAAAGAUUAAUUGAAAGAAUGAUGACUAUUGUAUGUCUAUAUUCACAAAAAAAGAACCGUAGG